UUGAUCAACGGAAAGAGCCAAAGAUAUCAGCUCGGUCAUGUGAUCAGCUGUGUCCAAUCACAGCUGAUCACAUGUAAACAGGGAAAUGCCGAUUAUCGGCAUUUCUCUCCUCAUGAGAUCAGUGCCACCUGUCAGUGUCCAUCAAUGCCAGCUGUCAGUGCUCAUCCAUGCCACCUGUCAGUGCCCAUCAGUGCCACAUCAAUGCCACAUUUCAAUGCCUACCAGUGCACAUCAAUGCCACAUAUCAGUUCCCAUCUAAGCUGCCUUUCGGUGUCACCCAUCAGUGCCAGUCAGUGCCACAUAUCAGCGCCAGUCAAUGCCGCCUAUCAGUUCCAGUCAGUGUCGCCUAUCAGUGUGCAUCAGUGCCACCUAUCAGUGCCCAUCAGUGCUGCAUAUCAGUGCCGCCUAACAGUGCCAGUCAGUCACCUAUCAGUGCCACCUAUCAGUGCCACCUAUCAGUGCCACCUAUCAGUG